AUGUCAGAGUUUAAACUGGUCGAGGAGAUUGACUCGGGCGUAUGGUUGGCCUCGAGAGACGAUACCGAGGGCCGCUUCCUUGCCCGUCGGGUCGCCGACUACCAGGACAACGACAACAAGGCUUCCGCCGCCCUCCUGGAGCUGCAUCAGGACUCGCUCGCACGGGUGCUCAACCACGAAAACAUCGUCUCGCUCGUCGGCCGCGCCAGGGAGCCCGAGGCGGGUGACUUCUUCGUGUGGGAUUACUGCGACGGGGGGAGCCUCGACACGCUGCUCGGCUGGGUGCGGUGCGAGUCGACGGCCUACCAUCUCCCCGAGGCUUUUUGCUGGCACGUCCUCCGCGCUCUCGUCCGGGCCGUGGCCUUUCUGCACGACGGCAAACGCCUCGAGGGCCGGCGCUGGACGGGGAACGCCGCCUGGAGCCCGAUCCUGCACCGCGCCAUCGAGCCGAACAACGUCUUCUUCCAGCAGCCGCGCGGCCACGAGGCGUACGGGCCGUGCAAAUUGGGCGGCUUUAGCGAUGCCACCGUGACCGGACACGUCCUGGGAGGGCCCGACACGUGGCCGUGCAGCAUAGCCGCCACCAUUCAGACUGGCUGGGAGCCGCUCGAGGAGACGCGAACCAAGAUUGCGCGCGAUCCGGGAAAGUGGAAGACUACGGAGCGGGCGUACACGCUGAGCGACGAGUUGUGGUCCAUCGGAAGCGUCGUAUUCACCCUGAUGAGCGGCCAGCGACUUACCCUCACGUGCCAGUCGCAGGGCUGCGUCCACGUCGCCAAGUGCAGCGAGGGCGGUUGCCUGCGGGCGGCGGCAGAGUCCAAGGGCUGCCGAUGCAUGCUGGGCGGGUGCGAGCACGUCCCCAAGUCGCAAGCCUGCACGCACGGAGUGUCGGACUGGCAGUGCGGGAAGCAGAGGCGGUGCAAGGAGGCCGUCGUCAACAUCGACUCGUGGCUAGCGCUCGCGAGGUACUCGUGCUGGCUGCGCGACGCGGUCAAGGCCUUGCUCGAGUUUGACCCCCAGAGCAAGCUGCUGACGGCGGAGGCGCUCCCGUUUGCCGAGCAGGUGGAGGAGGGAUAUCGGGCUUGGGAGGAGGCCACUGGUGCGAAGUAG